CGAGUGCAUUCCUACGAUAACUUCUGCGUUGGAGACGAGAGUGAAAAUGAGCCCCAGAUAUUUCCUUUAACAUUGGCAGGCGAUUUCUCCAACUCUUCAUUUCCCCUCGUCAGUAUUCCGUCACAAGAUCCGGAGGGCAAAGGCUUGGACGUGCGAGCAACAUAGGGUCACACUGCUGCACCAUCAUGGAGUCGAAGAGCAUCUUGGCAGAAGCAGACUCGACCUCCAUGCUAGCCAUCCCUCAGUCCAAUCCACAGUCAAGUGUGUCACAGACCUCACCAGCACUUUUGUCACCCGCACAUUCCCCAUCAGAUUUGUCACCAGCACAGUCUCCUUCUCAUUCUCCAUCUGCGAUACCUGUCUCAGGAUCUUCACCCACAGUUUUGUCACCUUCAGAAAGUCUUAGUGACCCUUCACAGCCAUCUACAUUACAACCUUCCUCAUUGUCUUCAUCAGUCAUUUCACCUCCUGAGCAACCAUCUCCAGGAAGCAUCUGGGCAGAAUCAGUAUCUUUAUUACCAUAUGUACCAUUAUCACUGUCUUCUCCAAAUGAGACGCAGCCUCCAGCAACACAGUCUAAUAUAUCAUCUAGUAUAUCAUCAACAACCCCAGCCAAUCCACAGUCUCCCUUGGCUGUCUCAGUGGACCAAGACUCCUUUUACCUUCUUAAUUCACCACAUCCUGUAAAGUCAUGGCGCUAUGAUCCUCUAGCAUCCCCAGAUUGGGAUUGUGCAGGACCACCUGGAUGUCUGUGUGCUGGACGAGUUAAAAAAGACCUGAGCAGUAUCUACAGUGAGCCACUUCCAGGAAUUUUUGUUGUACCUGAUGAACAAAACCUCUUUAAAGUCAAUUGCCUCAUUAUUGGGCCAUUUGAUACACCAUAUGAAGGUGGAUUCUUCCACUUCCUCGUCCGUUUUGGUCCUCAGUACCCUCUCCAUCCACCAAGAGUACGACUGCUGACAACAGGGGGUGAUACAGUCAGAUUUAACCCCAAUUUAUACAAGAAUGGCAAAGUUUGCUUAAGUAUUUUAGGAACGUGGGCCGGUCCAGCGUGGAGCCCAGCAUCCAACCUCUCCAGUGUCCUUUUGUCAUUACAAAGCCUGAUGAAUGAGAACCCUUAUCACAAUGAACCUGGAUUUGAAAAGGAGCGCAAGGCGGGAGACAGUGAGCGUUAUAACACCAUCAUAAUGCAUGAAACGAUUAGAGUUGCUGUUAUACAACAGUUUGAGGGUAUGAACAUGGUGCCAGCAGAUCUCAUGAGAGUUAUGGAAGCUUCAUUUCUGGAGUAUUAUGAUCAUUAUGUUGAAAUUUGUGAAAAAAAUAUGCAUCUAGAUGGACAAACCAUGGUGGAUCCCUUCCGGGAAUGGCGGGGCCACUUCCAGUAUGCAACCCUUCUGAAGAAUCUCAAGAGACUAAAAGUCAAAAUUGAGGCGAAGGUAGACAGUGAAGUACCUGAAAAUCCCAUAACAGCAGAGAGUGACGAUGUAUCUAGUAUAUCAGAAGAUAAACCUGAGCCAUAGAUAGCAUCAGUAAUCACUCCUCGAGCCAUAAUUAGUAACCUUGGUCUCCAAUCAUCACUUUAGCAUCACAUAUGAUUAAGACUGUACACCUGUACACUGUGGUGCUGAAAUGUAGAAUAUACAGGAGAGAGUAAGAACUCUCCAGCAUAAUUUUUUUUGUACCAAUGGAACUGUAUCCAGUCUGACAAGUUUUAAGUUUCUUAAUAUGAGAUUAUGAUACAUGCAUAAAUUGUGAAUGUGUUUGGCAAAGAAAAUUUGAGAAUAUUUCAAGUGAUAUGUGUCUGA